AUGGCGCGAACCAAGCAGACCGCCCGAAAGUCCACUGGUGGAAAGGCCCCACGAAAGCAGCUCGCCACCAAGGCUGCUCGAAAAUCCGCCCCAUCCACUGGCGGCGUCAAGAAGCCCCACCGAUACCGACCUGGUACUGUCGCUCUCCGAGAAAUCCGCCGAUACCAGAAGUCCACUGAACUCCUCAUCCGCAAGUUGCCCUUCCAGAGACUCGUCCGUGAGAUCGCCCAAGAUUUCAAAACUGAUCUCCGCUUCCAAUCUGCUGCUAUUGGAGCCCUCCAGGAAGCCUCCGAGGCGUAUCUCGUCGGUCUUUUCGAAGACACCAACCUUUGCGCCAUCCACGCCAAGCGUGUGACCAUCAUGCCGAAGGACAUCCAGUUGGCCCGACGAAUUCGAGGCGAACGAGCCUAA